GGGAAGUUAUGAAUGACUGGAAGCCAGGAAGCUGAGUCUCCACGCGGACAGCGAGAAGCUGAGGGCAAAGGAAGAAAAGGGGAAGGGGGGGGGAAGAGAGUGGUGGAUCCCUUAUUCAUAUAAACUGUCGGCGUCCUGCUUUAAAAGGAAGAUUUUUUUAAAGAAUCCAAAGAAAAUUCAAGGGAAUACAAGGCCAGUUUUUGUUUGGGAGUAAACAGCGGAUUGCGAUUUUUUGGGAAGGAAGGGAAGUUUGGCUCGUGUUGUCAGAGAAAACGAGCAAGACCGCGCCACGUGGUAAUUAUUUAUUGAACUCCGGCCUUUCCCCUUUUAUAUCAAAGUUUCCCUCCUCCAAGAAUAUUUGAGAGACUUUUUCAACUGUCCCGACCGGGAGAGUUGGAUAAAAAAAGAGGCACCUACAAGUUUAGCUUGGUGGAAUCCGCCCACUGGGCAGCCCUUCUGCCUGCAUUCAGGUCAAAUCAGCACCCCUGAAAACUUUCUCCAGGAUGCAUUUUCUAUCCUAUGGAUAUCGGUUUGGAGAGGCCAGAUGAAGGGGAUCUGAGGCUGCCGCCGUGCCGCCCCAGGUCCAUGCCUGCCCCCCCUCAGGACUGCUGGAGUGUUUUGGGGAUUGUCCUGGUGUUGGGGGCCAUGGGUUGCAUCCAGAGCAUUAGCUGCAAAGCCAAAGGCAUUCGGGAGAGUAUCUCCGUCGUCGACGUCAAAGCCUCCAUCGACCCCGUCCCCACCAACAUCGACGAGUCGUCCAGCGUGGUUCUGAGGUACCGGACGCCCCAUUUCCGGGCCUCGGCUCAGGUGCUGAUGCCGCCGAUCCUCAAGAAAGAGACCUGGAUCGUGGGCUGGAUCCAGGCGUGUAACCACAUGGAGUUCUACAAUUACUACGGGGAGCACGGAAUGUCCAGCUGGGAAUUACCGGAUCUCCUGGAAGGCAAAAUCCAAGCGAUCAGCGACUCUGACGGUGUAAACUACCCGUGGUACGGGAACACCACGGAAACCUGCACCAUCAUUGGCCCCACGAAGAAGGAAGCCAAGUUCAGCGUUAGCAUGAACGACAAUUUCUACCCCAGCGUCACGUGGGCGGUGCCGGUGAGCGAGAGCAGCGUGGCCAAGCUCACCCACAUCCACCGGGAUCAGAGCUUCACCACGUGGCUGGUGGCCACCAACACGACCACCAGCGAGAUGGUGACCCUGCAGACCAUCAAGUGGCGCAUGAAACUGGGCAUCGAAGUAACCCCCUGCAAACCCCUGGGACAGCGUGCCAAGCUGCGGGAGCCCUCUGCUCAAGAGCAGCCGCAGAUCCUCAAUAAGAACGAGCCAAUACCAACGAGUGCCCUUGUGAAGCCCAAUGCCAACGAUGCCCAGGUACUUAUGUGGAGGCCCACCGACGGGCCGCCUCUAGUGGUGAUACCUCCAAAGUAUCGGUAAUGAGAACUCAAGUGUCCCCGCGGCACGGAACGGCGAGGGGGACAGAGGAGGAGAAAAGCCACUUAGCGUUUAAGAAAACAUAUAUUUAAGUAAAAACAGAGAUGCACUUUUUUAUUCAUUUGACAAAGAGAAAACAAAAUGCAACCAUUCUACCUUCUCCCAUCGGAACGGAUCUCACUGUGCUACAGAAGCGCCAAGGAAGGGACUCCCCUCCGAUUGUAAGGGUGCGAGGGGGGCGGGGUCAUCCAACAUCAUCGGAAUUUCUAAGGGUGGGAACACACGACGCACUUAUUCCCAGCUCUGUAAAAGUUUCUUUUUCUUCCUUCGGUGGUUGUUUGAUGUUUAAUCUCAUUUAACUUAGUUUGGGUCAUGAGAGAGAGACAGAGAGAGAGACAGAGAGAUGUGGGAAAUUUUAUUUUAAG